UCCUUCUUCCCCGCCGAGGGAGACCGCCUGUGCCGUCUCUACCAGCGCGACGCUACUGAGGUUGCACCGUGGUGGCGCAUCGGCGCGAACGACGCGUUUGUAAUGUUUAACCCACCACAUCGUCACCUGAUCUAACCUGGCCGCUUGCUGCUGGAGCCGGCCGAGAGGGAAGGGCCGGGCUGGGCUUGGAGUACCGGGAGGGGGGAGGGAGGAGCGAAGAGCCGCCUCCUGACGUCUGGAACCUGCUGUGCAAGUAAGCGCAGGCGGCGGCGGGGCUGCUCUUGUCCUCCCUGGGCAGCAGCCGGAGCGAGAAGGGACCCUUGCGAGAAGACGGAGGCAGAACCUGCGCGCGAUGGCAUAACCGCAGCUCCUGGCCGGGGAGGCUAGAGGCUGACGCUGCGCCGCCGCCCUGGGCUUGGAUCGAGCGCCCUGCACCUGGCGCAGCGCUGGAGGGCAGAAAGCGGGAGCCGCCAGACUGCAGGCACAGGGAUGGUGAAAAGUUGAAGUGCCAAACACCAAAAUGAGUGUGACGUCAUGGUUCCUGGUAAGCAGUGCUGGCAUUCGCCACCGGCUCCCUCGGGAGAUGAUAUUUGUCGGCAGAGAAGACUGUGAGCUGAUGCUCCAGUCUCGCAGCGUGGACAAGCAGCAUGCUGUCAUCAACUACGACAAGGAGAAAGAUGAGCACUGGGUGAAGGACCUGGGAAGCUUGAACGGGACUUUUGUGAAUGACGUGCGGAUUCCAGACCAGAAGUACAUCACGCUGAGGCUGAACGAUGUGAUCCGUUUUGGCUACGAUGCCAACAUGUACGUCCUUGAACACAUCCAGCACAAAGUCCCAGAAGAAGCGUUAAAGCAUGAGAAAUACACCAGCCAGCUUCAGAUGAGCUUUAAAGGCUCAGUCAUGAAAAGGGCGGAGCAGCCAUUGGAGCACGGCGGAGAGACAGACUCGCCCCAAGCAAGGCUGGAGAAAGGCGAGAAGAAAGCCAUUACAGAGACGACAACUACUUACCGCACCCCCCUUUAUGGCCAGCCAUCAUGGUGGGGGGAGGAUGAGGAAAAUAAUAAAUUGGAGUCGACAGAUGACAGAAGGCAAGAAGAACAAUACCCAGAAAGAACAAAAGAUAUAGGUCAACAUGAAGAAGAAAUCAACGGAAACAUCACUGGCUACAGAGAUUCUCAGUGCGAGUCUGUCUAUGCAUUCCGAAGGGAACCUAGCUACUUUGAAAUCCCAACAAAAGAAUUCCAGCAACCAGUGAAAUCUCCAGAGGCGCAAGUCCAUGAGAUUCCCACCAAAGACGUUGACACGGUGGUGCUGCCUGUUGUACAGAGCCACGCCUCUUUUACCAUAGAGUUUGAUGACUGCACCCCAGGUAAAAUAAAGAUAAAAGACCAUGUCACCAAAUUUUCACUCAGGCAGAGAAGGAACCUUGGCAAGGAAGCCAGUCACGUGGAAAUGAUCUCGGCAGAGAACAAAGUGGCUGAUUGGCUGGUGCAGAAUGACCCAAGUCUCAUGAGACGGCAGUCCCCAGGAGAUGAUGUGUACAGUACCAAAAGUGAUCUCCCAGUUCAUGUGAGGACCCUGAAAGGUAACAGGCAUGAAGAUGGAACUCAGAGUGACUCUGAAGACCCAGUAGCACCCAAAGCAGAGAAAGAGACAGACGGCAAAGAGCCUCUGGCUGAGCAAGCCAGGCUCCAGCGCCAGAUCCGACGUGAACCCCAGGAAUUGCUCCACAACCAGCAGGCCUUUGUCAUAGAGUUUUUUGAUGAUGACACGCCUCGGAAGAAGCGAUCGCAGUCUUUCACGCACAGUGGCCAGUCCAGCCAGAAUGACGUGGAUCCUGUCUUGAAGGCCAAGGUUGAGAAACGCAAGAUUACUGUGCCAGCUGAAAAGCCAGCUAACUCUGCACUUUCGCCCCAUCCACCUGUGGUAGGGACCAAAGGGACAAGCAAUUCUUUCACCACUCCGAGAGCUGGAUCCUUUAAGCGGGAGAAGACGGAGGAGCGGAUCAACUUAUCCUCGUCAUCCACAUCAAGGACAUCUGUAAAAAACCACGGCAGCAUUGGGAGGAAGUCGAAAAUCGCUCAGGAUUUUGCUGCUGAGUGUUUAAGGGAGAGCUCUCAAGCUGGGAAAGCCGGUGCUGAGAAGCCACCUCCGGUGCCAGCAUCACUCACCCCGCGGGUAGUAGCAGUGCCACCAGCACCCGAGACGAUCCCUCUGCCAGUGGCUGCCGAUCCUAAGUUGGUCAAAGCUAGGAAACACGAGGAGGAGGACAGCUUGAGCGAAACGGGCACGUACACCAUUGAGACAGAGUCACAAGAUAAAGAAGUAGAAGAAGCUCGAAAAAUGAUUGAUCAGGUUUUUGGUGUUUUGGAGUCUCCUGAAUUUUCCAGAAUUUCUUCAGCCUUCAGGCCCAUCAUAAAAGGUGAAACGGAAGAACUGGGGCCCCAUCAUUUGAUUGGUGAAAACGGCUCAAGCCCAAAGGUGACUAUGAUGCAGGUCAUUGCUUCCAAAGUGGCCAGUGGGCAUCAUGCAGAGACGCAGUUACCAUCACCAUCUCAAGGUGGUCAAAAAUGGGUGUCGAGAUGGGCGAGCCUUGCAGAUAGCUAUACAGACUCAGGACCUGCUCCUGGAGUCGGGGAUGCCAAUCUGCAGGGCCCCCUCUCUCAGGGUGGCACAGAAAAGGACUCCAGUACUAGAGUGGGAGAAUCAGAGAGCUCCAUGCGGACGAGGCGUCUUCUUCCUCAGCUCCCUGCGGGUGACAAACCUGAAAGUCCACCAACUAUUUUAAUUUGUCCAGAGUCCUAUCUUGAUGUUUCCCAAAGGAACGCUGCCAACAACCACAGGGCAGAAAUGUAUGUGGAUCCUCCUAGCCAAUUGUUGGUUCAAGAAGAUUUGGAUCCUGACAGCCUUAGUGAUGCCAGCAAAUCUGAUGACGGUUUUGGCUUGGAAAAAGCCAGGAAAUGCCAAAACAGCACCAAAAUGUCUGAGCAGAACCAGGCCAGGGCUGAAAAUGCAAAGUCCAAAAGCCAUCAGCAGAGUGUGCCGAGGCUUUCAGGUAUGAGAGCUUCAGGUGAUCCUCUGUCAACAUCUUUCUAUAUUGGCGAUGAGGAAGAGGAGGCUGGAGUUCCUUCGAAACUUCCUUCAAGCACUUCUUCUCAAGCUGACAAAGAAGAGGCGCUUUUCAAUUGUGGAAAGCCGACUGUCAAAGGGGUCAAUAAUAGCUAUGUUAGCUCCAAUGGGAAAAUGGUGAUUUCACUGCACCAGGGGCUUCCACUCUCAGAACAAGAAGCCGUGGCCACAAAAGAAAUUUCUUUUGUUCGGCAGGAAAGCUUUACCAAAGAGAAAUCGAGCAGCAACGUUCCUCAAAAUAGGUUACCGCAUAUCUCGAGUCACCCUCUGCUCAGAGAUCUUGAUGCUGCGCGAUCAAAUCGUAUGGACUAUAAUCCGGACACCCAUCUCCUCCUUAAAGACACUGAAACUGCUCUGGCAGCACUGGAAGCCAAAAUACUCUGCCAAAGCAACCAGCUUGACACUCUAGAGAAUUCCCCGGAACAGUUAGAAGACUCUUUAUCUGGCGAUUCUGACGUGGACACAGCCAGCACUGUCAGCUUGGUAAGUGGCAAAAACUUGCCGAGCCACCUGCCAAAGCAUAAACCUGUGGCAGCCUUGCAAAAAGAGAAAUCUUCCACACCAUCUGUCCAAAAUCAGAGCGUUCAACCGAGUGCCCGUGAAAGGCUUUCAGAGAAACAGAAAACGCUUCCCCUUGAGGCUGGGAACAAAGGUGAAAAUUCAAAGCGAUUCCAAGUUAAAUGUAGCGCAGGGACCAGUGGGUCACUGGACUAUACUGACGAUGAGCGGAGUAGUAGCCUCCCAUAUGUGCCAGUGAGUGAAAUAACCUCCUCAGAUCAAGAGCAGUGCACCUCGAGGCCUAUCUCCAGGAAGAAGCCUUUCUCGCAGUCCACCAAAGAAGAACAUAGCAAAGUGACACCAACUGUGCAAAAGAUCCAACAGGUUCUCACUAGGUCAAAUAGUUUAUCUACUCCAAGGCCGACAAGAGCGUCAAAACUUCGUCGGGCCCGAUUGGGGGAUACCUCAGAUAACGAGAGUGCUGAUACAGAGAAAACGACAUCUCAUCACGAAGGAACGGCAGCACCUUCCAAGCAGCCUGUGGAGACCAAGAAGCUGUCGAGGCUCGACAUCCUUGCCAUGCCGAGGAAACGGGCGGGAUCUUUCACUGUGCCAAGUGACUCUGAGAGUGCACCAGCCAGACCGACAUUCUCCGGGCGCAGCGCAGAGUCGUAUUAUUCCACCCGAAAGCCACCCGUGUCAGAAGCCAGAAAUGCCGCUAGAAAAACGGCAGCGGCAGGGGCUGCUUCGAAGCAACCUUUUAGCAGGACACGUUCCAGCAGUGUCAAAUACGCCACUUCUUCUACUUCAAGGCGGCGGCAGCAGGGCUCAGACUAUACUUCCACUUCCGAGGAGGAGUAUGGCUCAAACCACAGCUCCCCUAAACACAAACGCUCCCAUACCUCAACAGCCACUCAGACGCCCAGGACCCGAGGCUCCGGGUUGAAUAAGCAGAAGCACAGCAACAGCAGAGAAACGGAGGACGAAGACUGUGAGGAGCACGACCCCUACAACUUCGUUGCGCAGACGGCAGAGAUUGCAGAAAUUGCCAGAUUAAGCCAGACCUUGGUGAAGGAUGUAGCAAUCCUUGCUCGAGAGAUCCAUGAUGUUGCGGGAGACGGAGAUUCCCAGAGCUCGUCAGGAACAGGACCAAGCACUUCCCACAGUUCUGUGCCUAACACCCCUGCUUCUACCAUCUCAGCAAGGGAGGAGCUGGUGCAGCACAUACCAGAAGCAAGCCUGAACUACCAGAAGGUGCCUCCUGGUUCAACAGGAUUCCAUGAUUUUGACCAAAAUAUGAAUGACAGUCGAGAAGAGGAUCCCACAAAAAGAACAAGGAUGAGAAACAGGGAAGAGGUCAUCUUUGACAACUUGAUGCUCAACCCAGUGUCCCAGUUAUCGCACACCAUCCGGGAAAACACAGAGAACCUGGCAGAGAAAAUGAAAAUUCUUUUCCAGAAUACUGAGCGGACGUGGGAGGAGAUGGAAGCCAAAAUUAAUUCUGAAAAUGAAGUGCCAAUACUAAAGACCUCAAACAAGGAGAUCAGCUCUAUUCUGAAGGAGCUGCGCAGAGUCCAGAAACAACUUGAAGUUAUAAAUGCCAUCAUUGACCCAAGUGGAAACUUGGAUGUGCUCGCCAAUAAUAAAACAUCUGUGACACCACAAUCUGCGGCAGCUAAAAUCAGAACUGCAAAUAACAUUUCUGGGUCCGUGUUGGAGGCAUUGUCCCCUGUCAAGAAGAGAAAUUACACUCAGAAAUCAAACUUUGGCUCUGCUAGCCUGCAGGAUGCUACAUUCAUUCCGGAUGGGGAGAAAUGUGUGAUCUAAUGAGAACGUUUUCUGUCGCUUAUCCUCUUGUAUGUCAUUUGCUGUUGCGUUAGUAUUGUGAACGAGUGGUUGUGGGCAAGUCCAUGUGGAGCAGUUGUUUAGAUUGCUAACACAUUGCACAAAAGAAAAAAGGUACAAUCUAUGCUGUGUGAGGGUAAGUGGCAAGCCUAUGUAUAUGCCUUUUGAGGAAAGCAAAAAGUGACUAGCACUGUGGAACCACACAUGUUCAGCAUAAAGGCAGACUCUGAUUUUUAAUAGAAAACAACCGACACAUAACUUCUCCAACGUGCCAUAGCAAACAGGCUUUGUGUAUUCUUCACUCUGCACUGCCGAAGCUCUAAUAUGUUCUUGUAUUUAGCCUGUUUAUAGCUGUCCCUUAGUUGUAUAGAGGCUCCGUUUUAAAAAAAAAUGUACCUUUUGGGCUCCAGUGGGUGGCUGGUGCUGUAUAUUUAAUUCUAAAUACAGGUCGUUAAAUGGUUCUGCCAGGAUUUUCAGUGCUUGUCGUGUGAGCAAAGCGGUGUGGAAGUUUGUCUUUCGGAGAUCCAAGAGCUCUUCAAAAAGAGAACAAACAUGACAUUAAAUCAUCCUGCUUCCAAUUGUACAGCUUUUCUGCUGGGAACGGGUAAUAAAAAGUGCAGAUGAUGGAGAGACAGAGAUUUAGUAUGCAUUUUUUGGUUCCCCUUACAAUAAUGCAGUAAAAAAAUAAAAAAUAAAAUUCAAAUGUAUAGAUCUAGAGGAGGCAAAUCAAUUACCAGGUCAGGAUUUUGUGUAGCAAGGUUGCCAAAUUUGUAUCGUUUCGUGAGAGUUGCUUCAUAACAGAGUUUUUACAUGGUCAGAAUGUCUUUUUAAUACAACCCACAAGUCUCCUGUUUUGCUCCAUAUAAUUCUGUAGGCACUAAAGUGCAAGUAUUCCAUGUCUGGGCAAUUAAGAGUUAUAAUCAUAAACCCCACCCCAAUGCUUCUAAAUCUCAUUGAUGUGAAUAGGCAAUUUAAGAGCUUAAGAAUGCAGCCACUUUUUGCACUGGUAGGAGUCUGAUAUUGAGCCAAGCUCCAUAUCCUCGCCAGCUCCAGAAUUUGGGGGGGCUUGGGCAUGAUGUUCUCAGCCUGCCCUCCCUUAAGCCAAUAGGGGUGAGGCAUGCAAACUGAGAACUCUCUCCUACUGCCUCCAACUUUCUCGGGUGCCCCAUGCAACUCUGGGCUGAGUCAGUGGGCCUUUCUGCUCCAGCAAAUGGCCGGUUUCUCUGCCCUCUGCAGCUGGCUGCAGAGCUGGAAGAUCACUCAAUGCAGGCGUGGCAGCUUCUGGUCUCCAAAACAUAGGCUGGAGAUAAUACAAGGUGUGACAAAUAAUGAUGAGAUUCCCUGCCUUGUUUUGAUCACAUGAAUGUGGAUUCCAGGAGUCCAUCUUGGAAGCAUUCCAUCUGAUAUUUCCAUAGGUGGGUUCAUAGUACUCUGGUACAUUAUUUGCUCCAUUAUUCCAUUGAGUAUGUUGCCUCAAGCAUUCCUACCAAAACGGGGAUUUGAGCUAGCAGAGCCCUGUGAGGACCCAAGGAAAACAAGAAUGAUGAAUUUAUUGCUCUUUUCCCCACUCUCAAAGCAUCAGGUUAAACCUCAAUUCACUUCUAGCACUGCUGCCAUCUUGUGACUGUUGAACCCAGACAUGUGAACCCUUUUGGCUAAUGAGAAAUAAAGGUGUUACGUGGCUGGCUUCUAAAUACAGUAUUAUUAGUAUAAUAUUUCCGCCAACAUAAUCCUAGAUAAUAGCAAUUCUGAAGCAUACACUAUUGAAAACACCAGCUUUUUUAUCAUUAAAAGAAAUGGUUUCUCAUUUCCACUUGCCAAAUUAGUGCUGGUUGAAUGGAGGGCAGGGAAGGCACAUUUAACUGUUGGAAGUACUUGUUGAAAUGCCAAUUGGCAAAGUGAUAUCUUUUCUAUUACAAAAUUCCUCUUCUUCCUAAGUAGUUAACAAUAUAUAUAUAUAUAUAUAUAUCUUGUCUUUAUUGUGGAAGGUAAGCAGGUUAAAUUCAGUUGAGAUGUAGAUGUUGUAUGUAAUCUUUGUCAAUGCCAGUGACUUCUCCAAGUUUAAAUUGUGCUUGGCUUCAUGUUCUGAAUUCAUUAGAAAGGUCAUAGUUGUCUAAUGCAGAACAUGUGCUUUGGGUGCAGAAGGCCACAAGUCCAGCCCCUGGCAUCUCCAGUUAAAAUGACAUCAGCUGACUCAGGAAAGACCUCUGUCCUCUGAGAUCUGGAGAGCCACCGCUGGCCAGAGUAGACAGUAUCAAGCUAGCUCAGCCUCCCCCAACUUGGGGCUCUGCAGACGUUUUGCCUUACAACUCCCAGCAGCCCAGCUGGAUUGGGCUGAUGAGAGUUGUAGGCCAAAACAUCUGUAGGCUACCAGAUUGAGGAAGGGUGAGCUAGAUACAAGCCACCUUCAUCUGUGAUUUCUGGAUUCCUUUUAGAAAUUGCUUCUAUAGUCUAGAGAUGUCCGCUGAAUUAUGUGUACUUAAAAGCCCAUGCUUCCUGCAUUAGUUUGAAUGGGAUGGAGGAAGGAAGGAAAUCUAAGCUACUAGAGCUAUUUUCUGAGAAUAUCUUGAAUGUUUUUUUAAAAUAAAGGAGUGUUUGCUAAUACCAACUCUGACACGGUAAAUAAGGGUGAAAGCAGGUGUUCAUUUGCUAGGUAACUGUAGCAAAAUUAUCUUGAUGAUCCUAGCAACUGGUAAGAAGAAUUUUACUACUCCCAUGCUUCGUUAGAGGUGCAAAUGUGUGGUCAAAUUCUCUUUGCUGCUUGCCAGGGUGAUUCUGAUGACUGACUUAUGAACACAUGGACCCAGUGAUAACCUACUGUUUUGUAAACGGCUAUCUAUAUUCAUCCUAAGUCGGUAAAAUGGUGGACAAAAAUCUUUUACACUACCAGGUGAAUCUGUUGUCUAUUUUUUUGAAAAUGAAUGGAACUGAAUGCUUUUCUUUCAACGCUUGUUGGUCUACUGAUCUCCAGUUUUCUGUAGAUGGUGGCUAAUAAUAAUAAUAAUAAUAAAUUUUAUUUUUCAGCCGCCUAUCUGUCCGGGUUAGGGACACUCUAGGCGACGAACAACAAGAAUAAAAACAAUCCAUAUACAUUAACAUAAUCAAAUUUUAAGCUAAAGAAACCAUCCGUUAAUUCAAUUGUAACAUAAGUUAAUCUGUCCCAAUCUUGUAGGCCUGCCUGAACAGCCAGGUCUUCAAGGCUCGGCGAUAGGUGGCUAGAAGUGGGGUGGGGGUUACUGUAGGUGGGAACAUACUGGAUACCAGGGGCUUGGGGGUAGUGGAUGAAGUGUGUGGAUGUAUUCAGUAGAGAAGAUGGCUAGUUUAUGAUGCUGGAUUUUAAAAAUCAUGCUAUAAGAUGGGAGAAGGUAAAUUGUUCUGGCAAUGAAAAAAAAUAAGGCAGCCUCCAUAAGUUUUUCUAGCUGCUUGUGGAAGAUCUAUGUUGUCCAAUUGUUUUGGGUUUAUUUGUUACGUAGAAUGUAUUUUUCUUAGAUAACUUGGGUUGCAAUCCAAUACACACUUACUUGGGAGUAGAUCCCAUUGAAUCCAGUGGAACUUACUUCUGAGUAGACAUGUAUUGGAUUGCAGCUUUGGUCAUGUAGCUUAAGAUAACAUAAAUGUUGCUGUUGCUGUAGAUUCACACAGCAAAGAUUCUCAACUCUCUUCCUAUUUAAAGAAUGAUCCAGUUACAGACUCACUUAUUUGGUUUCCCCCUCUUCAGUUCCAUAUGAUAGUUGUUUGUCAACUCAGUUGUGGAUGCAUUCAGCCAUGUUGAGGAAACAUCCUCUUCAGAUCCAGACAUUUAGUAAGCUAAAUUUUUCAUGGCUGUGAAAUCAAUAAAACUGAUAGUGGGGCACACCAAAUUCACCUCAAGAUAUGACUAAAGUGGCUUUCAUACGCUUCACAACAGACUUAUAAGAGUCUAUAACCUGGUAAACGGUUGCCUGUAUCCACUUGUUUUUGGCUUGAUAGGGUUUUGCCUCACCCUUGAUUCACUUCUUCAAGAGUUUUCCAGAAAUUAUUGAACUUACUUCAAAUGAGCAAGCCCAGAGGAGGUGGUUCAAUCACACAAUACCUUCACUUCCACAAUUCUUCACCAUAAUCAAAUAAAGAAGCAACAGAACUUUGUUUUUUCCAGGAUCAAGUAUAAAUAUUCUCUUUCGAGAUACCACUAUAAUUGUUUUUCACACAUAGGCUUAGUUUGAGCAAACAGAACACUCUUGGGUAAGUAGCAUAGUAUCUGUCAACCUCUUGGAUGUCUACAUGUGGGCGUAAUGUUUGCAUAGGGCCUACAGAUGUAGAUCCAAACUGCAUGAUUGUUACUUACAAAAAAUCUGGGCAACGAUCCCAUCAUUCAGGUCAAAGUAUGAGGUACUUUGUGUGCAGAUAUGCUAGGCAGAUAUUACAUUUAUGUGUGAAUAUCCAGAGUCUCCAAGCCUCUGGAUUGCAAACUGUGGUCCUGGUUUCCCACUGCAUGUAGCAUCAUAAGUUAGUCCAAACUGAGCCUCUUUAUCUAAUAUUACAGUUUUUGCCUGUAUCACAUCACAUGUAGUUAAGCCAAAGAGGAAGCCACAUGACUCUGAACUCCUUCAGCAUAAUGCAUACAUAAGUUCCCAGUUUUUUGCUGCGUACAAUUUGUUAAGCCUUCAUCCUGAUACUUUUUGAAUAGUCCCAAUCACAUUUUCUGCAGGGUUUUAACUUUCUUGUUCAUGGUUUUUUUCUUUCUUUGACAAUUUUGAGGUUACUCCAUUGGUUCAGCCACUCCUUUCUGUUGUUCUAUGUAUGUGUGGUAUUGAAUGUUUUGUUUUUAUAUUUGAAUUUUUAAGUUAAACAUAUAUAUUUGGCUUGUAAGUUUCAGAAGAAUAAAAAGCCCAUAUCCUGUUGAAAUUCAAUGGCAAUUUGGGUAUCUGGUUGCCUCAGGAUUCUUUCUGAAAACUACAGCUUGGUUCUAUAAGUUGGGGAGAAAAGUGUUAAAAUAUCACAUUCUUGUUGUUUUAUGAGGGAAUGAAUGUAAAUCCAAGAGAGAACAACGUGUCAUACUCAUGCCACUGAUGACAAUAAAGCUGAAUUAAGUGGCAAUUCACAGGACCAUUUUUACCAGGUCAAAGUCUUUGCACAAGUUUGAAAUGUUCUUUUUAAACAGUGCAGCUUGCAUCCAGAUGGUGGGGCAAGAUGGCUGAGUUUCACUCAUGCUUAAGUUUUUUCACGAGGUAUGCUUUCUGGAGGUAUGGUCAAGUGAGCAGUGACCGAACAUAUCCAUUUUGGGGGGCGGGGAUGGAAUCAGCUUGUGUUGAUAUCAGCCUGAGGAAAACUUGCCCUGCAAAUCAGCGCUGGUUGCUGUAUUCACACAUUACAGGUAAAAUAAGGUUUGCCACAGUGUGUGUUCUCAGCAGGGAGCUUCAGCCAGUCACAACACUCUGAUGGGUGUAUUAGCUUAGUAUGCAUAUUCCUCUCACACACUACAUUUUUGGUACACACUUAAUAGGUCUAAGGUGUACACCUAAAAUCCAAUGUGUGAAUGGCCCUGGCUCAUCCCUAAUUGAUGUUUAUGGAUAACUCACUUUAAAAAAAAAGUACAAGUGCAAGAUGCUACUGAUUUUUCAUUUUGGUAAAUUGAAGCUAAGUCUGUCUUUUUUGACUCCAGCAAAUGCAUAUGUUUUUCCAGCUGUAAAAAGUACAUUAAUUACCUGUUCACUUUCUAAUGUGCCCCUUGCUGAAUUGUGCCUAACUAUAUGCUGUUGUUAUGCUGCUGAAAACAUUUACUGUUGUUCAACCUCCCCCCCCCCCAAAAAAAACUGUUCAUGGAAUCAUCCAUCCCAUCUGCAUGUGACACAACUGCAAGCUGGGCUGUAUAGCAGAAAUUCAGCUUUGUAUAAUGCAAAACUGUUUCAAUGACUUGUCUUCUCCAUUUCAACACUUUCUUUUAAAAUUCUGUGUAUAAUUUUAAAAUUCAUAAUUUCUCACCCAGUCCAUACAUAGCGGGGCUUUCCCCUCCCCUCUUUUAAUUUUUUAAAAAACAUGGUAAUUUAUUUUAUUUGGUUGAUAGGCAAUUUAUCUGUACAUUUUUGUUCCAAAGUGAUGUUGUGGAUGUCUUUAAAAAACAAAAUAAAUGGUUAUUUUAUAUAA